ACAAUGUAUAGACAAUUCACCGUUGCGUGUGUGUAUAGACGCUUGCAAGGAUUUUCCGCCGGUAUUACUAUGCAGGUUAACAUUGGCGUAUCCCCUGGUGAUUGAGAUAUCGAAUAGCGCUGUAAUUCAGCUGGGUCGGUUGCGUGAUUGCUUUGAGCUCUGUGCAAACGUGAAUAUCAACACACACACGUACACAACACACACGGAGGUCGAUCGAGUUUACAAAUACAAACGCAUGCGCAGUCAGGCCAUACAAAUCGUAAAUUUUCAAGUGGAUGGCGGUAGUGUGACUCGGUUAUGAAUCAAUUCAAGGCGUAUCGGGAAUUUUUAUGCUUCUACUACACGUCUAACGUGAAGUUUGGUUAUAUGUGUGGCUGACUGUGAGAGGCGUACGUUCGGCACCAUGUCAAUGCCGCACAGGGCGCCCCGACAACAGUGUUACCUAUGUGACUUGCCUAGAAUGCCUUGGGCGAUGGUCCAUGAUUUUACCGAACCUGUGUGUCGUGGUUGUGUCAAUUAUGAAGGAGCGGAUCGUAUUGAAAUGGUCCUUGAUGCUGCACGACAAAUGAAAAGAUCUCAUGGAUUUCAUGAAUCGAGACCAUCAUUAAAAUCACAUCAACCUCAUGGAAAUUUAUCAUCUAACAGAAAUACAUCGGAACAUGGACCUAUGGAACCUCCGAGACCACUUCCGGGCCAAAUUGAAAGGUAUGAAAAUAGGAAUAGAAACAUUAUUGGUGAUUACAGUGCUUCUCCUCAGAGACUAACAAAUGGAAUUCCACCCUCGGGUCCAAAUGGGGUUCAUGGGAGGGGUGAGGACUCUGGGGCAGACCAUCAUAGGACCCCAACUAUCCCUGUUACGUCACGAACUGUGUUCCCAAUGCAUCAUCCCCUGAUUCACAGUACAGCCGGUAUCGGUAUCCUACCCCCAGGGCGUCAUGGGUACGGUUCAGGUCCCGGGCCAAAUCUUCCCGUUCCACCAAACAUCCUACAUAACGGUAAACACGAAGGAGAGGACGGUGAUUCACAUAACUCGCAUCAUAAUGAGGAAAAUCCAUUCAAGUUUAGUUCUCCAGAGGAAAUGGCCAAAAGGCCACAAAUUGUACGAGAAACUGUGUCAAUGUUGUCAUCAUCGGUACCAUUUGAAAUCAGAUUUAAGAAGGAUCAUAAUGUGUUUGGACGCGUGUUUGCUUUCGAUGCCGUAUCAAAGAAUGGGAUAGACUUUGAACUGAAGGUGUUCAUGGAAUAUCCAUUAGGCUCAGGGAACAUUUACAAUAGUGCAUCAAGUGUUGCUAAACAAAUGCAUCAUGACAGUGGUAAAGAUGUUGGCAAAGGUCUGUCAUCAGGGUACAAAUACCUUGAAUAUGAAAUGAAGCAUGGUCUUGGUGACUGGAAGAUACUCAGUGAACUUUUGUCAGAGACUGUGAGGUUCUUCAAGGAGCCUGUAAAACAGGAUUUACUUCCGGCACCUUACGUUCACCACAAUAUACCGCCUUUGCCUUCACCGUCCACUUGCUUCCGGCAAGCGACACCUGGUGGACACCCGCGCGGACCAGUGGGACAAAAUUCCGUAGAUGGACAGGGAAAGAAACGGAAAACAUCGCCAGAGCCCGAUAGUGAUUUUGGGGAACAUCGGAAACGCCAACAGUGGAUACAAAAUCAAACGGAAGCCCUUAAGCUGACAAUCACUUCUGCAGGCUACGGGUCGGCCAGCUCUACGUCAGUAUCGCCUUUGAGUAACCAUACUCCAACACCGCCAGAUGGCGCAAAUGGGCCCGUUCAUACGGGACCAUCACCAAUGGCGGCAUUGAUGAAUGUAACUGAUAAUUUAGCUUCCGGUUCCGGUUCCCCGAUUCGCAGUGGAAAUGAUGGAAACAGGUCUUCGCGACACAACAGCCAUUCCCCUACAAGUACACAACAGCAAACAUUACGUGGAGUGAGACCUACAUCUGGCCAAACGGGGGAGGGCACGUCAACAAUGCCCGAAUCAACAGUGCCCUCAGAAUCUCUCAAAUGUACUCUCUGUCACGAACGUCUGGAGGAUACCCACUUUGUGCAAUGUCCGUCUAUAGGAGAUCACAAAUUCUGUUUCCCUUGCUCCAGGGAUAGCAUCAAGCGCCAGGGGGCAGGAGCGGAGGUGUACUGUCCAAGCGGUAAAAAGUGUCCUCUCGUUGGUUCAAAUGUUCCGUGGGCUUUUAUGCAAGGCGAAAUAGCAACUAUUCUUGGCGAUGACUACAAGGAUAUGAAGAUCAAGAAGGAACGUGAUACAUGAACGAUUUUUACUAACAAAAUAUUUGGUUUCAUUUUCCAUUGAUGUGUGUAAAUGAAUCAAAUUGGCGUGCAGGAAUGUGAUGGAAUCCAAGUUUGGUUUGCAUCUUGAAAACCACAUUUAGAGAAAUGGAACAAAGUUUUGUGCAAUGCUGAAGUUUUUAUGCAGAAAUGUUAGCCCAAAGUUAAGGCAUUAUGAUACCAACUAGUGUGGACACUGCCCCGAGCAAUCUGUCGGGCCGCUGACGUAGAUAUUGUGUGAUGUUUUAUACCUUUUGAAUUGAGGUUUAGGCGCGGCACGUUCGAGUGAAUGUUGAUCGUGAUUUGUGACAGAGAGAAGUGCUAUCUGUUGGUUAUUUACGACUGGGGUCCUGGCCCAUUGACAGUGUCGUUAUAACAGAAAAGUGACAAAUAUGUCACGGGAUAGCUCCUAUGCGUGCCACAGUAACAGUUAACGUGAACAGGACAUGAAAUAGUGUUUUCGGAGGCAAUUUAAAAUUGUCCGUGAUGGCUUUAAGUAGUAUUUGGCAUUUGUUUUAAAAAUCAAAGGAUUGUAUUUAAAUAUCAUUUUUGUCGUUUUUGAUUGAAGAAAAUCAUCUUUUCUUUAUCUGAUGUUGUAGGUAGUUUUCACUGACUGGUAUGCAUACUGUGGUACGUAGCUAUUCAAUGUAGUAUUUCAGUAGAACUGUUCAUUGUUGUUCACAUAGCUGGUAUAUUGACGAAGUGCUCCAGUUGUACUCAUACCUUUUUACCUUUCGUAAAAGGUUUCAUAAAUUGCUUAAUGUGCAUUGAAAUUAAUGUAUUGAAGUUUAUUGCAUAAAUACAUGCAUCAGUUUUUAUUUUGUAAUUUCACAGUGAUUAGUAAAUUGGUCUGUAUUGAAAAUGAUUCUGUAUUAUCCUAAAUGGUAGCUUGUUUUAACAAUGCUUUAUUGUGGUCUAACUAAGCAAAUUGAUACUGAAGAUUUGUCUUGUUCUGAAUAGAUAAUUUUAUUGUAAGCAUUUUGGACGCGGAGUUUUGAUACACCAUGUGUUGACGAUGGAGAUACAUUCACAAGCAUUGUUUGCCAGUAUAGAAACAUCGCGAUAUGUGUAGUAUAUUUUAGAAUGAAAAUCUUAAAUACGGUGGUAAAUAAUGCAGUCCUUUGAAUCAAUUUCAUUCGGAAUUAGAGUGGUUUCAGGAGAAAGCUAAUUUACGGGGAUGAUAUAAAGCUAACGAAUACCAAUCGAUUGAAGGGUAUCAGAGUUGUUUGCAGCGUUCGAUUUGUAAAACUAUCGGAGACAAUUAGUGUAGACGUUCGUUUGAUUUUCACGGGCAAUAUAUCAAACAAUGAUCAUCCAAAAACGAAUUUUAAGGUAUAUUUUUCGGAAACAAUCAUUAGUUGCGACACAAUUUAUACGAAAAUGCUGUUGACAAUGCUAGAUGUUUACAAUAGUUAUUUUUACCUUAAAAAGCUUUAUUUACGUGAAAUUGUGGAUAUCUAGUGGUACAAAAUUCCACUUUUCCUUAUAGGGAAAUCCCCGUUAUGUGUAAUGGGUUUUUUCUCUCGUUUUCUAAGUGUGUUGGUUUUUUUUUUUAAAUCAACAUAGUUUAUUCUGUGUAACUUCAGCCUAGUAAAAUCUAACAGGCGAACAUGGUUCCAUCUGUCAUCGCUUUAGAUUAACUUGCUUUGUAAUAACAGGUAAAAUACGUAGGAGAUAUACCAUCUGAUUUCUCCCUAAGGUUCUAAGAUAUACCAUCUGAGUUCUCCCUUAGGCUCGGAGAUAUACCAUCUGAGUUCUCCCUUAGACUAGGAGAUAUACCGUCAGAUUUCUCCCUUAGACUAGGAGAGAUACCAUCUGAUUUCUCCCUUAGACUAGGAGAUAUACCAUCUGAUUUCUCCCUUAGACUAGGAGAUAUACCGUCAGAUUUCUCCCGUAGGCUCGGAGAUAUACCAUCUGAGUUCUCCCUUAGACUAGGAGAUAUACCAUCUGAUUUCUCCCUUAGACUCGGAGAUAUACCAUCUGAUUUCUCCCUUAGACUAGGAGAUAUACCGUCAGAUUUCUCCCUUAGGCUCGGAGAUAUACCAUCUGAUUUCUCCCUUAGACUAGGAGAUAUACUAACAGGUUUCUCCCUUAGGCUCGGAGAUAUACCGUCAGAUUUCUCCCUUAGACUAGGUGAUAUACCAUCUGAUUUCUCCCUUAGACUAGGAGAUAUACCAUCAGAUUUCUCCCUUAGACUAGGAGAUAUACCAUCAGAUUUCUCCCUUAGACUAGGAGAUAUACCAUCUGAUUUCUCCCUUAGACUAGGUGAUAUACCAUCAGAUUUCUCCCUUAGACUAGGAGAUAUACCAUCAGAUUUCUCCCUUAGACUAGGAGAUAUACCAUCUGAUUUCUCCCUUAGACUAGGAGAUAUACUAACAGGUUUCUCCCUUAGGCUCGGAGAUAUACCAUCAGAUUUCUCCCUUAGACUAGGUGAUAUACCAUCAGAUUUCUCCCUUAGACUAGGAGAUAUACCGUCAGAUUUCUCCCUUAGACUAGGAGAUAUACCGUCAGAUUUCUCACUUAGGCUAGGAGAUAUACCAUCUGAUUUCUCCCUUAGACUAGGAGAUAUACCGUCAGAUUUCUCCCUUAGACUAGGAGAUAUACCAUCAGAUUUCUCCCUUAGGCUCGGAGAUAUACCAUCUGAUUUCUCCCUUAGACUAGGAGAUAUACCAUCUGAGUUCUCCCUUAGACUAGGAGAUAUACCAUCAGAUUUCUCCCUUAGACUAGGAGAUAUACCAUCUGAUUUCUCCCUUAGACUAGGAGAUAUACCAUCAGAUUUCUCCCUUAGACUAGGAGAUAUACCAUCAGAUUUCUCCCUUAGGCUAGGAGAUAUACCAUCUGAUUUCUCCCUUAGGCUCGGAGAUAUACCAUCUGAUUUCUCCCUUAGACUAGGAGAUAUACCAUCAGAUUUCUCCCUUAGGCUCGGAGAUAUACCAUCAGAUUUCUCCCGUAGGCUCGGAGAUAUACCAUCUGAGUUCUCCCUUAGACUAGGAGAUAUACCAACAGGUUUCUCCCUUAGGCUCGGAGAUAUACCAUCUGAUUUCUCCCUUAGACUAGGAGAUAUACCAACAGGUUUCUCCCUUGAGAACGAAAACCAAUUAAAAGAUUUUCCCCAAUAGGUAUUAAUCAAGAAGAUUAUUGUUUUUAUUUAGAAUUAACACUUGUUAUCGUUCUAACAUUUUGUUGUUGUUUACAAAUCACAGAUCAUUAAAAUACUUGCUAAUAUUCAUGAAACCUAAUCUAGCAUGUUUACAGAGCCCAUACAAAACUGUUUUGUUUUAGGUGAUAUUGUAUGUAGUGACGUGAAGAAUUUAUUGAGCAGGCCAUCAUACCUAUUAGCAGCAUGAACUCGGCAUAUUUAAUUUUCGGAUAAAUCAAUAUGCGAAAGAAGUAGGUCAAACCUAUAAACAUAUUCAAUACACAUUCAAAGAAAGGCAUAGAGACACGUUUGUUCAGGGGUCAAGUUCACCUAGUUUGAGUUUUUGUAUUGGCGGGGUUCCAUAAAUAUCGAUUUAUAAAAAAGACAUCUUAGUUGGUGGAUAGAAGCGAUAGACGACAUUGUGACGGAAAACAUGCCUGGGCAGCCCUGGCGUGUCUAUUUGGUUGACCCGUUAGGAUAUUGUUGUGUUCUGUGAAUUGGCUCAGCCAUGCGUAGUCAGUAUAAAUGCCUGACACACUGCGUAUUCAUUUAUAAAAUGGUCUUUGACUUGCACAUGUCCCGUUAUUUGGUAUUGUUCUGAAGCAGUUUAUGUACAGACCUAGCUGAUUGAGCUGUAUGUUUAUUUGUAAAGUUAAGUCUGACUGUCUAUUUGUGAUUGCCUUUUAGACGUACAAUCGUCUGUACCAAAAUGUGCUACUGGUUUUUGUUCAAGGGACGUGUGUAAGUCUGGUGUUUUGUAAAUAGUCGUGGGCUGUUUGUGAUAUAUUUUGUCAGACCACACGACUCCUGUUACAUAUAUAAGCAUAUAUAUACAAGUAUGUAUAUCUUUUAAGUAUAUUAAAUAUCUAUCAUGAUUGUAAAAUGUCCAUUUCGCAAGGCACGGGUAGGUAUCGUCCAUGUAUGUGUGAUUUUGUCAAGGGAACAAAACACAGUGGAUGACCCUUAGGGUGGUUGGAUCCUACUUCUCAUGCAUUGUGUCUCUUCCCAUUGACUUGGUAUUGAUAAAAUGGAUCUUUUGGCAAAGUAUAAUCAUGAGUUAAUUACUUUGUGUUGGAGUUGACCGAUACCAGCCCGUGUCCGGUACAUGGAGCAUCAAACUUAAGUGCUAACAUCUAGUACUAACUACAUAUUAAAGUGUGGUCGUCAUUUAUUGUCAUUUUAUAUUAAAUUUGUUUACAAAAAUGUUUGUAUUGGGGAAAACUGUUUAUUGUUAUGAGAAUACAACAUACUAAGCGAAAACAAACA